CUCCAACUCUCCCUGCGCUCGCUCCUCGCCGUCAAUCCGACACGCACAGGGCCGUUUAAGGUUUCCGGUACACCAUCAAUCUUAGCCUCAGGAUCGACAUUCGUCAGUGUCACCUGUGCUCAGCCGUCCAUUCAUACCGUAACCGCCUGCCAUUCUCGCUGCCUCGUCAUAACAUACCUGGUUCUACGUCUCUUCCGCUAUCGGUCUCAUUUCUCUUUCGAUCCACGGUUUUGCGCCGUUCAUACCCCGGCCCGUUGGGUAGAUUCGCUUACCAGCGUUUGACCGACUCCUCCAAUCGACAUUCGCAAGACGAAGCAACGUAUACAUUUGCCGUCAAUUACGAUUACGUCGGUCAUUACGAACCAGACGUACCAUCUUCAGGCUCACCUUUUCAACUUAUAGCGACAACGCAUAUCCGGCGUUCUGGGACAACGGCCUUCGUCCUUGGGUCCCCGUUCACCCGGACAUGAACGCCUACAGCUUCAUCACCGCGGACGCUGCUCAAGUCAGGAAUACCUCGAAAGGGAUUCAGUACGACUUGAUUAUCCGUCAGCAACCUGACCGAGCUCGAGUAUGUACGUUCAAAGAGAAAGAACGUCGUCCAGUUGACCCGCCACCCAUCAUCCAACUCAAAGUCCGAGACCCCUACGAUGCUGCAUCAAAUUACCUCCAAAAUCCGUACUUCUUCAUGUGCGCCGACCUCGUCCCAAGCGCCGCAAGGGACCCGGAACGAACUACCGCCGUGAACAGGACGUUGGCAGGAACUGUCGUUUCCAGUUUGCAUAGACUGAAAGAUGUCGACAACAGUGAUGGCGGUUUCUUUGUAUUCGGCGACCUCAGUGUGAAAUUGGAAGGGGAAUACAGACUAAAGUUCACUCUGUUCGAAUUGGUCAAGAACGAGGUGAUUCACCUACAGUCUUGCAUCUCGAAAUCCUUCAUCGUCUACGCCGCCAAGUCGUUCCCGGGCAUGUCAGAAAGUACAUUUCUGUCCAGAAGCUUUGCAGACCAGGGUGUACGCAUCAGGAUUAGGAAGGAACACCGUAUGCAGAUGAAGAGGAAUGCAAGUGGGAAACCAGUUGAUGAGACGGGUGUCGCUCGGUCUGUAUCGCCACCAGUAUUGGCAGAUAACCCUUUGCAAUCGCAUCGUCUCAUCAAGACACCAUUCCCACUCCGGAAGAGGAGAGCGGAAGACAUGGAGGAACAGCCGCCUCAGACGGCGCCACCUGUCGAAAGAGAGCCGCAUCAUCAUCGCCACCAAGGACCUCAAAACCAGCAGCAGCAGCAACGUUAUCAUCCAUAUCAACAUCAACAAGUACCGCAUACUACGAUACAUGAACAACCACAAAGGCAAUACCCACAACAAUGCUAUCCACAGCAGCAUAUCCAUCAUUCCCAACCACCCAUCCCUGCGCCUAGAGAGAUCGAUCCCAGCUACUCUUCGCAAGGUCAGUUCGUGCAGAAUAGCCCGGGCCAAGGACAUGAACAGCAGCAUCCUCAGUACGAGAACCCGUCCAUGAGGUGUCCACCAGGACAAAUGGCCCGUGGCCGCCUUUCGUCAGGUUAUGGAGGGUACGAUGCGCAGACUAAGCGUCCACGUCUGGGGUCAACCUUAUUGACGCCAGUGAGUGCGACGAGUACAGAGGCGCCUCCAUUCUCGCCGACCUAUGCUCCUGGCCAUCAUCCUCAAGGGCAGCAGCAACAACCUCGGCCGCAUCCAUAUCCUCCGGCUGCAGUGGUGCAGCGACAUGGGUAUGGUCCACAGCAGUCGGGAUACGCAAAUGAACGUCCUGUACAACAUCGCCAUCCAUCCAUAAACGCCGGACAACCUCCAGGUGCACCAACAUGGAGACUUCCUGGCUUUCGGAGAAGGACGUCUUGGCAGUUGAGUGCGGCUGCGAUGACGGCGACCGUCGAGUCACCUAUGCCAUCCCCUGUUUCGCCUAGGACGCAGUAUGCCUUACCGUUCCCUCCACCACAGGCACAAUCCCAUCCACAAUUGAGUCGCCCUAUGAUGCAGCAGUCUUAUUCACAGGAAUCGUAUAUGCCGCCGUCACAACAUCGGCAGGCAUGGGAGGCACGCAUGUCGCGGCCUCCGUCGAAUGAGGCGAUCGCACCGUUUCCCGCACAAAAGAGCGGCCCGCGUAACCCGCAUAGCAUUGGCCCUUUGCCUGGUGCAGCAGUUCCUCCGGCGUCGAAUAUGCAGUUCUCGCGCACUGAAGGUGGGAGAUUGAGUCACGAGAGUAGUGAUAGUCCUGGUGUUCGCAUCGGUGAACCAGUCGUAAAAGGCGCAAUUUCUCCGGCGCCAGCCGUAUUACAGCCUCCGCAUGAUCCUAUGCGUCCUUCUACGUCGAGCUCGGGUACUCCCUCUGGGCCUACGGAGCCUGAUGACUUCAGGAUCAAGCUUCCGCCGUUACAGCUCCCUCCUUUGCGUGUUGGAGUGCCUGGAGAUGGCACCCCCCCUCCGGCAUCGAUGUUUGGGCGGUAAUACACAAUUACAUUAUUUGUUCUUAGGGGUUGAUGUGUGAGUAUGGUUGACGAGUUCAAGAAAUCUUCAUAUACAAGCAAAAGGUGUUCAUUUUGGUUUUUGGCAGACAUUGGGUGUUCCGCGAAAUAGCAC